CUGUAGGAGGUACAUAUUUUCCGACCUAAAAUAUUCGCAUUCACGCAUUGAGAGACGUCUCUUAAAAAAUUAUUAUAUUGUUUUUUUUUUGUUUUUUUUAUGGUUAAAUUUGUAGCUCAUGUGAUACCUAUGAACGCAAGUGAAUUUGAUAAAAAUUUGAGCCAUAUUUUGUAGAAAAAAAAACACUACUUGGUUGAUUACCCACCUAUUAUUAUUUUUUUACUCAAAAACAUAUAAAGUUGACGCUAAAGACUUUUUAAUUAACACAAGAUGAGAAUACCAAUUGUAUCAUUUGCCGUUUUUGCGUUAUGUUUUGGACUGCCUGGCUUCACCCAGGCAAGAAGCUUGCCAUCAAAUCAGCCGAAGAAUUUUUUAUUAGUCUUAUCAGAAUACGAAUUUUUUAAUGUACAGUAUUCUGCUAAAGAUAAGAACAUAAUACAAAUUGGAGAGGAAGAUUUUACUAAUAGUUCUGGGACUGAGAAUUGGUAUCACGACAUGACUUUUAAUUGUGAAAAUAAUAGUAUUUAUCUUUUAAAAAGUGUUAUGUUUUCCAAUUUGCAUGCUGAGCGUCACACCCUUGAUGUAAUUAACUUUGAUGAAAAUAAUAAAUUAAAAACUGUUACUCAUGUCAAGGAUAUUUUCGAUCAUGCACGGUCAAUUGCUUUCGAUUGGACUACAGAAAAAAUAUACUGGACUGUGUUUAGUAAUAGACAAUUUUCAAUGAAAGUUAUAGAUAAAUCAUUCAAAAAAUCAGAAUACAUUAUUCAACCCUUUACUCCUAAAUCUAGUCAGUCAAAUUAUAAACUUCUUGUUUAUCCAAAGCGAGACGAAUUAUUUUUUUCAAUUGAAACGGAUCUGUGGUACACUUCUAACUCACCGAAUAGUAGUGCAAGUUUACUAUUUAAGGAAAAAGAAUAUCUACACGUAUUUGACUUUGCUAUUGAUUAUGCAACUGAUAAAUUGUACAUUAUUGAAAGUUUUGGAGGCAAUUAUAUUUUGAAAUGGAUUGAUAUUGGAACUUCUGCUCGACCAUUACAUGCAAAUGAUCUUAAUGAGAUUGAAAUAAUACCUUAUUCCACUUUCAAUUUAGAAGCGUUUAAUAAUGAAAUUUAUUGGACUUCAAUUAAACAUGGAGAUGUGAAAUUGUAUUUCAAAAAUAACAAUGAGACAGCUGUUGAAGUAACCGAUGUAUCAGUAAAUAGCGAAUCGUCUUUUGUCUCUUCAAUUUGUCCAUCUUCAACAGCUGAAAAGAAGGACGGAAAAAAUUAUGAAUUUAAAGAAGAUCAUGAAAAUGAAAUAGAAUUAUUCAGAUAAAAAACAAAUAAAUUGUACUUUUUUCAACCACCAAUUAAUUUGUUCUAAUCGAUGAUUCUUCUUAAUUGGAAAAAAAUAUUUCUGAUCUGCUGUUGAAAGAGAAUAAAAUUUUCCA